CUCACGUGAGACGGCAGCGCUUUUAUCUGCCGUCCCGCUGCGUCCAAGCUGUCAGUGAGUAACGCACGCCCCGAGCAGUCGCAUCGAAUAUCAUCAUUUCCAGAUAAGUACCUGAGUGAUCCGUCGAUAUGUCUGGGAAUGCGGACUGGAAGUCAGCCUCCACCAUCUACGACUUCACGGCGAGAGACAUCAAGGGCGAGGAGGUAUCUCUGGAGAAGUACCGCGGACACGUCUGCAUCAUCGUCAACGUCGCCUCCAAGUGCGGCCUCACUGCCACCAACUACAAAGAACUGGAGGAUCUGAAGAAGGCUUAUGGCGAGAGUCAGGGCUUGCGCAUCCUGGCGUUCCCGUGCAACCAGUUCAACGGCCAGGAGCCGGGAGACAGCGAGCAAAUCGCCUGCUUCGCCCUCAGGACCAUGGGUGCCACUUUUGACCUCUUCGAGAAGGUUGACGUCAAUGGCGAUGACGCGCACCCCUUGUGGAAGUUCCUGAAGAAGAAACAACCUGGAACACUGGGAAACGCUAUAAAGUGGAAUUACACCAAGUUCGUCGUGGAUCGGAACGGAAUACCCGUGGAAAGAUUCGCUCCUACCACCGAGCCCAAGAAGAUGGAAUCCACGCUGAAAAAAUAUUUCUAAGGCGGGAAUCCCGCUUGUACUGCUGAAAAGAAACUUCUGUUUCAUUAUUCAGAACCAGUAUUGUUAUAGUAUUUAAAUAAAUAUGUUGCAUUUAAUUGACUAACUUCAUCGUAUUCAGUUUCGUACAGGUUCGUACCCCAGAGGAGUUAUGCCCGUACUCACCUGAAUAAGCAAUGUUUUACUUCUCUUGGCCCUUCGUGUAGUAGAAGGGAAGGAGUUUGUACCUCGCAAUCGUAUAUUAGGCGAAGGUGAGAGGGAGAGAUUCCUACUUAUCAUGACAGGGCAUUGGUAAAAAGUCCGAAGGUAGAAGGAAGAGCUCUUGCUUGGAAUUAUAGGAUCACUUUAGCGGGUAUUAGUCAUGUAUGUAAGUAUAAUGCUUAACAUUUAGUAGAAAAUCAUACAGAACGGGAGAAGCUUCCAGUUUUUACCAUCUGUUCUAAUCAUUGGAGACAAAAGCUUUGAGAUACAGUUUGUUCCGGGUACCAUCAGAAAAAAUACAGGAUUCACUAUUCAUAGCACAUAAACGCAAAGCCAGAUGUCUGUGCACGUUCCGUAAUUUGCGUAAGUCCAUAGGCUAGGAUCUCCUUCCGGCUGUAACUCUGCUCGAGUGUCUGAUAUCAUAC